GAUCUUCUGAUAAAUAUUUAUCCACUUCAGACAUCUUAUCAUGUUCUUCCUGGUCUUCAUUAUCAAAAAAUUGGUUUAAUUUUUCUGACAAAUUUGAAGAAUUUCAUUUAUCCCAAUCAGGGCUAGAAAUAGAGGAAUUGUUAAAUAAAACCACUACACAAAAAAAUGAAAAUGAAAAAAAAGAUGAAACAUUGGACUAUGAUGUUUUAAAAGAUGAAACAUUAGAGAUUCCAGGUGAGUUGGUGUUGGCUUACUCGUUAAAGAAAUACUAUCCAGCAAAAGUUACCAAUUAUGAGAAG